GGCAACCGGAGCGGCGGCAGCAGCGGGGUCGUACGGGAGCCGCGAGGUGCCGAGCGCGGGGGAGGAGCGACGGCAGAACAACAGCAGGAGCGGGGGCUCGGAGCGGGCAGCGAUGCGGCUCCGCCACUGCCCAGCCUCGCAGCUUCCGCCUGCCGUCGGGCACCGGUGACCGUCACACCUUCUUCCCCGCCCCGGCAGUAUGAGACCCGCUGCGCUGCCCGGCCAGCGCUGCGCUCCGGUCUUCUGCUCUGGGUAGUUCUGUCCAGGGAAUGAAGCCAAACUGUAAACCUGUAACAGCGUGUGCAAACACUGCUUCUGUGGCAUGCAGUUCCUGCUUCAGAAGAGGAGAGGCCAACAAGUUCCAGUAUCUUAAGGAGAAUUACUGAAGUUUGGAUUUCUAUCUUGAUACUAUAAACCUGCAAUAAGUGGCAAUGUCAAGGGUUCCCACCCCACCUCCUCCUGGGGAGAUGUCCAGUGGACCUGUGGCUGAAAGCUGGUGUUACACACAGGUUAAAGUGGUAAAGUUUUCCUAUAUGUGGACCAUUAGUAACUUCAGUUUUUGCCGAGAAGAAAUGGGUGAAGUUUUAAAGAGUUCUACCUUCUCAUCAGGGCCAAAUGACAAAAUGAAAUGGUGCCUGAGAGUGAACCCAAAGGGAUUAGAUGAUGAAAGCAAAGACUACCUGUCAUUAUAUUUGCUUUUAGUUAGUUGUCCAAAAAGUGAAGUGAGAGCAAAAUUCAAAUUUUCCCUGCUGAAUGCUAAAAGAGAAGAAACAAAAGCAAUGGAGAGCCAGAGAGCGUAUCGGUUCGUGCAAGGCAAGGACUGGGGCUUCAAGAAGUUCAUCCGCAGAGAUUUUUUGCUGGAUGAAGCUAAUGGUCUUCUCCCAGAUGACAAGCUUACAUUAUUUUGUGAGGUAAGCGUGGUCCAAGACUCAGUAAAUAUAUCAGGACAGUCUAAUACAAACACUUUGAAGGUACCUGAAUGUCGACUAGCAGAAGAUUUAGGGAAUCUCUGGGAAACAACAAGAUUUACAGAUUGCAGUUUUUAUGUAGGAGGACAAGAAUUCAAAGCUCAUAAAUCUGUCCUUGCAGCACGGUCUCCAGUUUUUAAUGCAAUGUUUGAACAUGAAAUGGAAGAAAGCAAAAAGAAUCGUGUAGAAAUUAAUGAUGUAGACCCUGAAGUUUUUAAAGAAAUGAUGAGAUUCAUUUACACAGGAAAAGCACCAAACCUUGAAAGCAUGGCUGACAAUUUGUUGGCAGCUGCAGACAAAUAUGCACUGGAACGGCUGAAGGUGAUGUGUGAGGAAGCACUCUGUAGUAACCUGUCGGUAGAAAAUGUUGCUGACAUUCUUAUCCUCGCAGAUUUGCACAGCGCUGAGCAGCUCAAAGCACAAGCAAUAGACUUUAUUAACAGGUGCAGUGUUCUUAGACAACUUGGGUGUAAAGAUGGGAAAAACUGGAACAGCAACCAAGCCACAGACAUAAUGGAGACAGCGGGCUGGAAGUCCAUGAUCCACUCCCACCCUCACUUAGUAGCAGAGGCCUUUCGCGCGCUCGCGUCUGCGCAGUGUCCACAGUUUGGCAUUCCACGCAAACGGCUAAAACAGUCCUGAAAGCUUCCACGAACUGUAGAGAGACUGAACUGACUCUGCUGCUCCGUGGCCAGAGGUGUUCUCACAAACCGAAACAAGAGUUUUUGUUAUCCUUCUCCACAGAACAGAAGCUGAAAAAGCCUAUUGUUUGCUUUUCAGAUGGAUAGUUUAUGGUUUAAUCCUCAGCUUUAAAUUAGACUGAUUACUCUAAUUCACUGAAAGGCCUUAAAUUAUCUCCAAUGACUCUCUAGUCCAUAUAGUCUAAUGUAUCUUGAUUUUUUUAUUAUUAUUUUUUAUGUGCCUUGUCUUUUUGACUGGGCUCUGCAGGAUUGCACUAGCUCCAUAAUGCAGUAAAGUUGAUAACUGAAGAUUUAAUUUUUGAAAGGGAUCUUCCAUUAUUUUCAGAAGAAAAAGGAAAAAAAGAGUGUAGUUUGGUCCUGUGGUAACUGGAAGGUUCUAGCUAGCCUCUCGUCAGAAGCGCUUGAACCAGGGGCACGUCACAUAGCCCAGACAAGCGCUAAAUACAGCGAGAGCCUGUUUACCUCCAGUGAGUGCCUACAGGCUAUUUAUGGCAAUAUACUGCUUUGAACAUAAUUUAUUUUUCAUUGUGGGGCAAAUAUGCAAUGGUUUGGCCCAAAAAUGUAUUUUCAUUACAGUUUGUAAUGCUUAUUGUGUGUGUGUCCAAGCUGUCCAGAUGGUGAAGCGAAACACGGAAUAAACCUCGUGCUUGUGUUUCUUGACGGUCCAUCCUUAGUUUACAUUUAAUGCAGAACUGAAGGAGGUGAGGAGUUCAAUGUGAACACAGAACAGUAUUCCAUGUGGAAACGGAGCUGUCCCCCGGGUGUGGCUGCCUAGAGAAGCAGAGGAUGCGGAGAAUGACCAAAUGUAAAUUGAAGAAACGGGCCCAAUGGAUUCCGAGUAUGCACUUUCAACGUGUAGCUUUUGUAUGAGGUGUGGUACAGAUCUAUUUUGCUUUUGAUGAAUUAACGAGGUACAGGUAAUUGUGGCUUAACUUUUUAGAUAUGUUAUUAAAUACCUUCAGCCACAUGGGAUUUAGUUUUGCUAGCAAAGGCUCAAUCCAAGGUGCCUAUUGCAAGCUUCCCUAUUCCAGUGACAGAAGGUUUUGGCUUGUUUGACAAAGGCACGGGCAUGGUGAUAGUGUGAAGGGAUUCUUCCCAUCUUGACGUCUGUGCACAGCUUCCAUUAGCACCCGAGGGGGUUACCUGUGCAUCUUGGAGGAAUCUUCAGGUGGUGUUUGCAGGCUCAGCCUUGUGUUGCAGCCCUUGUGCUGACAUAGGAUGGUGUAGAAAUUCUGCAUAAUGUGAACAGGAUGAAACCUUUGUAAACUGCUUGUCAUGGGCCAGUUCUUUAUUGUAUGAACCUUAGCUUUAAUAUCAACAUCCUCAGUGUUUGAUAGCUUUGUUUACAGUUGGGAGGGCAAGUCUGCAGUAGUGCACACUCUAAAUGUUUCCUGCAUUGAGUUUACUGUGACAGUGACGAUAUGCUAUAGUUGUGUCUUGGGGAGCGGGAGAAGAUCUCACCUAAUUUAUAAACACACUUGCAGAGGGGUUUUAGUUUGUCCAUUAAAAACAAGUCAUGCAGGGAGGAGAGAGGAAAAAUUUCAGAUGAUUUACAACCUGAAAAUCUCUCUUCAUCCCAAUGCCAAUAAGAUUCACCCAGAUUACUCUGAAAUUUUUAGAGGAAGGUAUAGUUCUGUACUUUGGCAUCUGGGAAACCAUGAGCAAAGGGAAGCUGGGAGAAACACCUGGUCCAGUUCCGAAGAAGAAAAUAACUUCUAAACAUGUGUUUUCUCCUUCUCUUGCAACUAAAUCUUUAUGACAGGCAAAGUGUAAAAUCAGAAUCUUCACUAGUAUCUAAGGCAGUAAAUGGUCUCUCUGCAGAGAGCCUUCAUCAGUUUUUGACUAUUUGUCUAAAGCAUCCUUCCCAAAAAACUGUAGGGCUUCCCACCCAAACAGUGGUGUGUUUGCUGCACUGUGUAAUGCAUUAGGACUAUCUCUUGUCUUACCCAUCACUGGGAAAACUUGCAGCUCUAACAUAUGAAGUGACUUGAAUGUUUCAUGCUGUAAUGAUUGUCCAGUUCAGCUGCUUCUACAGUAACAAUGUACAGGAAUCAAAUGAAAACCUAAGGACCCUUAUGAAAACCUGGGGUUUUUAGAAGCUUCAUAGCACAUUUUGCACCAAAACCUGUCAGACACUGUGCUGUAAUGUUAUCUACAUCCUAAAGUGUCCACUUCUCCAGUCAGGCAGUGUACCACACAUUGACAGGAAAAACAAAACCACCAUGAGAACCGCUCUGUGCAGAUCUGGGAUUAUUUAUUAUCUGUGUUUUCAAGUUUUGUCAGCUCUUAAGAAAAAGGUAAAACAGUUGCUGUAUUCUUAAGUGAGUGCACGAAUUACCCACCUCUUUAAUUAACUACAUGCAGUGUUCUCACUAGAAUGGGAUAGCUGGGAAUUACAACCUUCUCCUUCGGAUGCAGGAGCUGGGCUUUAUUCCCCACAUCUCAGGAGCUUGCCCUCCAAAGCCUCAGUUGUCAGUUCAGAGUGCAGCAGAUACAAAACGUGUCUAAUACAAUGGACAGUUGUUCCAGGCUGAAAUCUUAGAGGAUUUUCUUAGUCUCCUAUCCAGAUUAGGAAUAUAAUGUAUGAAGGUGCCAUGUUUUGGCUUGCCAACACUACUCCCUCAGACAGAUGUGAACCACUGCUUGCAAACCUUUCUGGGGAGAGCCCUGCAUGUGUCCCGUGUGCGUGCGCGUGUGUAUGACUGUGUGGUGUUUUUGUCAGGAAUGACUUUCUAAAAUUAAGGACUCCGUUUGCUGUUAAAAUGCUAUUAUGUAUUAUAUAUAAUAUUUUUUUCUCCAUUUGAGCCUCUCCUAAGGAGAUGCUUUGGGUGGAAGACGCUUCACUAAACGAUCUGUAUUUUGUGGUCCAUUUACUGCACGCAGAAAUCCCAACACAUUGUGCCUUCCGGGAAGCGGUUGUGCUGAAGGGGCGACGCAACAGCGUACGAGGUCUCGAGGCGGGAGGGAGAAUGUAGCUUGACACACGCUUGAGAUUGAAGAGUUCAGCAUUCCAAUUCUGCAUGCUGAUUCCUAAGCUGGGUUUCACUGAGGUAGAACCUGCACACAAAGUGGAAUGUUGAGGCCAGAAGCUGAGCGGUGGUGCAGCUCGUGUGGAAAUAUCGGCGUUAGAGGACGAGGGCACCUCAGCAUGUGGUGGUCACGGACACAAGUGGCUCCGGUUCAGUGCUUUUCUCUUGAGUGUUCAGUAUAAAAUUCACUUUUGCACAGGAGGUCAGUAGGAGACCCACAUGGAGAUUGUUCCUUUGAAAUCCUGGUGGCAAGGCUUCUCCCUUGGGAGAAUAAGCCAGAGUGCAGUAUUGGAAACUGUGUUUCAUAAGGCAGUGGAUUGCAAACGUAGAGGCAUCGCCAGCUGAAAUACUGUUGAGUUUUGUUGAAUCUUGCAGCGGAUCAGAAUUGCUGAGCUUAAUGGACUAUUUUUUUAACUUAACUUUUAACUGACAAGUGGAAGGUUAACUGCCUCUUGUCUGGCAUUAGUAUGUUUAGUGCAGAGCUUAGCUCCUGAGCUAGCAAGACCCCAACUUAGUCUCACAACCUGGUUCCUGCCUGCAGUAAAUGGACUGUGCUUGUCAAGGGAUUCGCUAUCUUAAGGGGUUUUGCAAGGAACUUCAUGUUUGUAACCUGUUUUUUGAAGGCUUCAGAUCAGUGAGUCCUAUUUUAGAAUUUGAACCAGUGAAAUGACUCAGACUGUUUUGGGGUGGAAGUGAUGAAUUGAGAUAUGUAAACAGUUGUAUCCAACCAUCCAGCCUUUUUUAUCAGCUGAUGUUAAUGGUGAAAUACUUUUUGUACCUUGUUGCUGAAAAUAUUUUUGCGUUUCAGCACAUCAAGCUACAAUAAAGUUGUUACUUAA